UACGCACACACCUCUAACCCGAGUUCCCGGAUGGUCGAUCGUGAAGAAUAGCUCACGUGCAACAAACAAAACACAGACGGUAGGUUGACAUGUCUGCACACUAACGGUUUCUGUGGACAGAAACGGUGCAGCAGCCGUGGAGACCAGGCCCUUUAAAGUCAUCUAACGUUUUCUGAACAUCGUCAAAGCUCAAGUGGACACCAUCUGGUAAGAAAUGGCAGAGGGAGGCUUUGAUCCUUGUGAGUGCAUCUGCACCCAUGAGUACGCUAUGAGGCGCCUCAUCAACCUGCUCAGGCAAUCUCAGUCCUACUGCACAGACACAGACUGCCCUCAGGAAUUGCCAGGUCCCAGUGGGCCAGUUGGCGGAGGAGGUGACCUGACCCUCCCCAUGGUUCUGAUAGGAUGGAUGGUGCUGGCUCUGCUCCUGUUCCUGUUGCGCCCAUCCAGUCUCAGGGGUCCCCGGCCCACAGGCAAACCUACUGGACCCCACAAUAGCGACAGAAGAGAGCCCCCAGCACCACCUAUUGAUUAGCAGUGGAGCCAGGGUACCAGCACUCACCCACCUGCUCUGACUGGAGCUGCACAGAUGGCUAGUUACUGUGACCAGGACGGCACCAUCUCCCUGUCAACUUUCACUCAUAUAUCUUUUUCUUUUUUCCUAUUUUAACACCAUUGUGUUUUGGGGUGGAUCUGUCUGAUUCCUGUUAGUAGAGCCCAAAUGAUGCUGGAUUGAUAAGGCCGAUACAGCAUUUCAAAGUUACAACAAAUCUGAUGAUAUAGCGGUCAAUAUAGAACUUUUUUUUCUUUUUUUUUUACAUAAACACACAACAUAAACAGUUUUGGCAAGUAUUUUUGAUAAAGAUGUAGACUGAGGCAGGAUAUUUUACAGUUAUAAAACUUUUGAUUAGGAAACGUCACAGGAAAUUUAAUAACUAUACAUAAAAACACAAUCCUUUCACAAACAUAAAAAUUGAAUUAAUAGAAAUAAGUACUGAAAAUGUUGUUUUUGUAUAUCUGCAGGCAUAUACACUGAUACAACAUAUCUGUGAUAUGCCAGUUUUGACUGAUAAUAUCGACCGACAAUAUCAGCAUGUUUAUAUCAGCUGAGUCAGUCCCUGAUCCCAGCUCUGGUGCUGACUGAUCUGCAGAAAAUCAGACAUGAACUCAAAAUGAAGGAAUGUGCCACAUGGGUUGAGGGAAAAGGUAGGUGGUAGCGGAGAGUUUCCUUUUGGGCAGUUAAAUUGUUGUUUGAGUGCUUGCUGAGUAAUGAAGGGUGGCGGCUUCUUCAGACUCUCUGAAACAUUCCACACUUUCCACUUUCCACAAAGUCACAUCUCUAAACAGUGCCAGUAAUGAUGUCAUAUCACAUAAUGUUUUAAUAGCAUAUUUAAACCAAGUGAACGAUUCAAUUGAAUGAAUUUAUGUGGUUAAAUUCUGAAUUAGGAUUUGUUGGACAAUAACAUGGGAUAUUGAUUUUAGUGAAUCAAUCUUUUGUGUUUAAAUCCAGGCCUCAAUUAGAUUUCCUACUCACCCCAGCCUGCAAAUAGUCCAGUCUUCUUAUAUUAGCUACAUUUCCAAGAACAUGUCUGUCCUUUUUUAUAUAACUGUUGGUUUGGUGAUUUAAGACGGCAGCAACAGAUCUUAAACAGUCUGUUUGGAGGUUUAAGAUUUGUUAAAUGCUCACUUUUCAAACUCAUUUCACAUCGUUGAAAUGAACUGAAUUUCGGGCAUACAGAUGGGGUAUAAUAAGUGUGGUCAUUGUAAAACAAUAUACUCAGCACAAGCAAAUACGUUUUAAUCACAUUGAGAUGAUUCUGUGUGCUGUAAUUGUUUUAUGGUUAAAAGACGAAAAAUAAUAAUUGUAUACUGACUUAAUAGUAGCCGAGAGUCCUAUUUUUAUUAGCACUUUUGUUGUGGUAUGUCUGUUCCUUGAAGGUGUGUUACUGAUGCAGCUGUCUAAACGAUGGCCUUGUGGAGAUCAGGGCCUGUACUUUUCUUACUGAGAAUCACAGCAGUCUGUGAUUGAUGGGAGCCAUCCAAAGUUUCUACUUCACAACUUCUGUAUGAUAAUAUGUCAAACCAAUGAAAAGGAAAGGAGCAAGAAAAGAUGCAUUUUCAAACAGUGCCAAUGUAACUAUAGUUCUGGUCUCAAUGUUCAUUUAGAGAACAACCUCUUGUGAAAGAACAGAAAUAUUUGAGGUCAUUUUUAUUUUAAAUUUGUGACGGGAAGAGGACGAGGGAAUGAGCUGCAUGUUUUCUCAUUCUCUACUGUGGUUUACGCUACAGGGUUAUUUUCUUACAGAAAUUGUUGAUUAUUCAUUUGGUCCAGAGCUCUGUUAAAUAAGUCAUUUAGUUUUACAUCUAAAUAUUUUUUGCAGAAGGUUUGUCAGCUAGAUCAAAGAUUGAAAUACAAUGAAUGAACAGAAAAAUAGAAACCUGUAUAGCAGACCAAUACAGAGGUGAAUGUUGUUUUGUUCCCGAACCAUGUAUGUAAAUGUGGGUUGAUAUUUAUACAACAGUACAACAGUAACACAAAUUACAUCCUCAAAGUUGCAGAGGAAAAUCAACCCUUCUUUGAUACAAUCUCAAGAAAAAUGGAACAUUAUAAUAGCUGUUUUUUUUGUAUGUAUUGCUGGUUAUUGGAUUUCACUACAUGAUAGAGGGCUCUGCUGUUUUUCUAGUAUCUUUAUCAUGCCCCUAUCAUGGAAACAUGGCUGUUAGUGUUUCUGGGGCUUGGUUUAUGUUCCAGGGUACCUGCGCAAUCAGAAAUGACAUAGAUUUGUCUUAAAAUUGAAGGGUCUUUCUUGAAUGCAUGGUGUAAGAGUUCAUCCCAACAGCCUUCAGUAGCUGGCUCUCUUUCCAUAUCAGCGAAUGUCCUGAAAAAUGUUGCUACAUCUUUCUAGACUUGCUUGGGAGAUAGUAGAGAGGAGAUAUAACGAAGGAAAAAGUUAAGUAAACCAUACGUAGGUAUAUAUAAUUAAGUGGGAAGCCAUACUAGAUUGAUGAGAUAAACAAGUGGACUCUGGUACCACAGGAGACCUUCAUUUACACUGUUACUGUCUAAGAGAAAAAGGGCUUCAACUAUGCACUUUUCCUAUAACAAAAUAAAAAGAAUUCAGUCUUA